AUGGGCAGUAUCAUUCAAAAGGCACAAGGGACAGCAUCAUUCAAAAGGUACCAGGGAAAGCACCAUUCAUACGAACGAUGGACAGCAUCAUUCAAACGAACGAUGGUCAGCAUCAUUCAAAAGGGACAAGGGACAGCAUCAUUCAAAAGGGACAAGGGACAGCAUCAUUCCAACGAACAAUGGGCAGCAUCAUUCAAGGACGGACAAGGUACAGCAUCAUUCAAAAGGGAAAAGGGACAGCAUCAUUCAAACGAACGAUGGGCAGCAUCAUUCAAAAGGGACAAGGGACAGCGUCAUUCAAACGAACAAUGGGCAGCAUCAUUCAAAAGGGACAAGGGACAACAUCAUUCAAAAAGGACAAGUGACUGCAUCAUUCAAACGAACAGUGCAAAAAUAAUAUACUCCAUCGUAUGUGCCUCCCCUCCCAGGGUGGGCCGCACGGGGCCACCGCCCCACCGUCUUUGCACGUGUCAGUUGCUAUCUUCUGUCUUCUUUAUUCUCGUUCUUUUAUUGCUCUCUCUCUCUUUCUCUCUCUCUCUCUCUCUUUCUCUCUCUCUCUCUUUCUCUCUCUCUCUUUAA